AUGUCCGACUACAACAAUUACGGUUCUAAAAAACGCACGAUUCAGCAGCUUCCCGUGCCCUCCCGAAAGGGUCACAACGCCAUACUCAACUCCAACUAUCUGGAGGAUAUCGUCGAUGCAAUUGGCCAGUGGAGCUGCCAGAGAAUCUUCAUAGUGCACUCCAAGGCGCUUGGGGAAAACACGGAUGUCAUCGAGAAUCUGAAAGAGAAACUGGGAUUGUUUGUAGUGGGGACAAAAUCCGGAGUGGGCGCACACUCCCCUUACGAAGAUGUAUUGGAGAUUGCAAGACUACUUCACGAGAAGAAGGCGGAUUGUUUAAUCAGUAUAGGAAGUAGUAGCUACUCGGAUGCAAGCAAGAUCGCUCGCUUAAUGCAUACAAAUCUUGAUCCAGACAACCUUACGGUGGAAGCCAUGGAGGCCUUGGUAGAUCAAGACAAGGGCAGCGCCGCUGGGCUGAAAGAUCCUACGACCAGAUUGAUACUCAUUCCGACGAGUCUGUCAGCAAGCGAGUGGAACAACAACUCGUCGGCAACGAACCCUCAAACAAUGAAGAAACAGCACUUUGCGAGCGAACACGCGGCACCGGAUCUCAUUCUUCUCGAUCCCGAAGUAGCGUCCACAUCUCCAAGGAAAUUAUGGCUGUCGAGUGGGAUACGCGCGGUAGAUCAUUGCGUUGAAACGAUGGUAAACGAAAAAUGCACCGAGGAGGUUUUCCACCAUAUGGAAGAUGCGCUUGCCGUACUUCUCAAGGGGCUGAGGGCCUACAAGGAAGGCGAAAGUGACAGCAACCAAUCGGACCUGCUUGAUGGCAUCGCAAACUGCCAGAUAGGCGCUAGAAAUGCCAUGAUGGGUCUCAUUCUGUGGAGCAUACCGAUGGGUCUUUCACACGCCAUCGGACAUCAGCUUGGUAGUGCAUGCGGCGUCAUGCACGGUGUUACGUCCUGUAUCAUGCUCGCGCCUGUCCUGCGCUAUAAUGCUUCGAAGUCAGAGAAGCAGAAAGAGGUACAAAAGCGCGUGCUGGGGAUCUGGAACAAGGAAUUUGAAAGCGAUGAGCCGAGCCUUGCAGAUGCGGUAGUCAAUUUUGUGAAAAGCCUGGAAUUGCCAAGCACGCUGAAGGAUGUGGGCGUUACGAAUCAAGCGGACAUCGAGAAAGUAGCUGAGCGGACCAUGACCGAUGCGUUCGGAGCGAUGGAAGAUAUGGGUACAAAGGAAGAUGUGCUGGCUAUCCUGGAGUCUGCGAAGGGUAUCUAG